AAAUCAUGGGCACUGAAACGCUAGAAUUUUGCAAAUUUUUAUUUCCAAAGAAACUGAUUAAUGCGGUAUAUAUAUAUUAUUAUACCGAAUAUUUAAUACUGUAACACAAAAAUGGUAAAGGGGUUAGAUGACUCGCAAUAUGUGAGCCACGAAAAAGCGUCGAACGUAAGAUCUAUUCUAUCCUUAGUUAAUGAUAGAACGUUGACAUCACGUUUGACAUGAUAGCGAAAGACCGGCAAUUUAAUUUCGAUUGUGAUGGACAAACUAGAGGUUCCAGUUUUUUACGACGACGAACCCGAUUUUAUGGAACACGAUUAUUUACAAGAUGUGGAAUAUGAAUACGAAUAUGAAGAUGUGGAAAAAGAAACAUUAUUUGAAUUAUAUCAGUAUUGUCUUCGACCUACUAUUUACGAUACAGUAUUAUAUCUACUGCCACUAUUUAUUUCUACCAUAAUAUUUAGAUUGUGUGCAUAUUCUCAACAUAUAUCGCAUAAAACUUUUCAUAUAUUGUCAAUAUUGAUUGGUAUAUGUAACAUUUAUCGUUAUGUAGCAGAAUGUUUAUACACGUUACUAAUACUUUGUACGAUUUCAUAUGUCACUUUACAUAUACCCAAGAGAUAUUGUAAAUAUGUGGGUAUAUUUUUACCUUCACUUUUUGUUAUAACAUACUGUGAAUUUUCUAUGCCAUCUAUCAUAUGGCAUAAAGUACGGGGCGUAGUAAUGACUGUAGCAAUGAAAACAAUUAGUGUAGGAAUAGAUAAAUCUGAUAUAAACGAUCUACCUAAUAUUUAUGCCUAUAUGGGAUAUAUGUUUUGUAGCGUCACUUGCUUAUUUGGUCCUUGGAUAUCAUUUAAGGAUUAUAUAUCAAUACGUCAUGUAGCUAAUCAGGAUAAGUGGUGGAUAUUAUAUAUUAUUCAGUAUGCAUUAUUAUCCUUUCUUUUUUUGUCUAUCUCGAAUUGUUGGGCACAAUGGAUAAUCAACGACACUUCAUGGAAAUGGUUAUUAGCUUAUAAGGAUGCAUUAUCUUUUAGAAUGUCUCAUUACUUCAUUUCAUACAUUGCAUCCAGUUUAUUAUUACUAGGAGGAUUUCCAUUUGCAUUAAGCACUAUAGUAAAACCAUUACAAAUAGAAUUGCCACAUUCACUUGUACAUGUUGUUAUUUGUUGGAACGUGCCAAUGCAUUUUUGGCUCAAAACAUAUAUAUUUCGUCCCAGUAUUAAAUAUUUGGGAAAAUUUGGAGCUGUAACAAUGACAUACUUAACAAGUGCUCUUUUACAUGGAUUAAAUUUUCAAUUAGCAGCAGUUUUGCUUAGUCUUGGAUUUUAUACCUAUAUAGAAUUUCAACUCAGAUCUCUGCUUGCUAAUAUUUUUGAUGCAUGUAUUGCAUCAAAGAAAUGUAUUAAAGCUAAAUGUACACAUACAUAUAAUACUGACAAUUCAUGGUGGGUGUUUUUAACAAAUGUGAUGUUUUCUGGAUUGUCAAUUUUUCAUUUAGCUUAUUUAGGCCUUAUGUUUGAUACAUCUGAAUUACAAGAAACAGGGUAUAGUUAUAUUCAUACUAUUGAAAAAUGGUCACAACUUGGAUUUGCUAGCCAUUGGGUAGUCUUUGCUACAUAUUGCAUAUAUUUUUUGAUGAGAUAGUACUAAUAUAAAUGUACAAAUGAAACAUUUAUUUUUUUAAUGUAUUUAAAACAUAUCAUUUAAUUAAAUUUAAAUAUAAAUGUUAUUUUUUAUAUCAAUUAUAAUACUUAAUAUAAAUCAAAAAGCAUUUAAUAAAUUUUUAUAAAAAUUAUUUAAGUAAAAAUACAAAAGUACAUAAAUAGACUUACAACUUACAUGGAAUAAACGGGAUAUGAUUUGAUAAAAAAAUAGAUAAAAUACAUAGUCUUUAUUAAGUAUAUAACAUAUUAUAAAAUGUAUUUGCAUGUAAGUGUACAUAAAGCAUAUUAAACAAUUAGUAUAUAAUAACACUAAAAAUUUUAUGCAUUUAUUAAAUAACAUAUCAUUGGCGUAUACUAUGUUAUUAAAAUGAUACAUAUUAAAGUUGAGCAUAAUCAUAUAUAAUAGCGAAAAA